AGAGAGAGAGAAAAGCAGAGAGCAAUGGCAGCCAUGGGAAACGAGACUCAAACCCCAAUCUCACUCUAUGAGCAGUCUAGAGAAGAACGGAUCAAAGCAAACCUUCAAAGAAUGCAGGAGCUUGGUCUCAAAGACCUCUCCACCUCCCUCCUCAACUCCACCUCUCGUCCCUCUUCAAGGCGCGGGCGUCCUCGUGUUGCCAGUAAGCCACCUGUUACCCCUCUGUCCUCCCCCUUGCCGCCGUCUUCCACCCUCCGCCGCUCUUCAAGGUUGCAAAAUACUACUCCAGUGACCUAUUCAGAGGCGGCUUUGGCGAAAAAAGAUGAUCUUAUGGAGGAUGUGGAACUGAAGCUUCACAAAUCAGAGGUGUAUACUGAAGAGCAUGAGAAGCUUUUGGGUAACACCCAGAGGAGCUGGACACUUUUUGUGGAUGGAUAUGGAAAUGAUGGAAGACGGAUUUAUGAUUCCUUCAAAGGAAAGACUUGUCAUCAAUGCCGGCAGAAAACGCUUGGUCAUCGUACUCACUGUGUUAAAUGCAAUAUGGUCCAAGGGCAGUUCUGUGGAGAUUGUUUAUACAUGAGGUACGGGGAGCAUGUUCUUGAAGCCAAUGAGAAUCCAAAUUGGGUUUGCCCCGUGUGUCGUGGAAUUUGCAACUGUAGUUUGUGUCGGCAAGCAAAAGGUUGGGCUCCUACUGGCCCUCUUUAUAAGAAGAUAACAAAAUUGGGCUUCAAGUCGGUUGCACAUUAUCUCAUUCAAACCCGGAGUGUCCAAACCAAUAUUGAAAAUAAUCAAGAUCAUACUGAUCAAGUUUCUGCUAAGCGGUCACUGUCCUUUUCUCCUCCGGAAUUGCCAUCUGAGGUCGAUGAGCUUGUAAAAACAAAGCCUCAAACUGGAGAGGAUGGCUUGAACAGUGAGAAAAACGAAUUAAAUGCACACCCAGAAUCAAAUACAUUGAUAUUCUCAAAGAAUGAAACAGUGUUUGAGAAGGGGGAGCCUACGGAGAUCAACCUUGAUGUCCACGGGCAACAUGUAAAAGAUGCCAGCCAUGAUGAGACCACAGAGGUUAAUGGUGAAGUUUUGGAUGGUGCUGGGGAAAAUGUUGAUGAAAACUGUACUGCAACGGAGAGUAGUCCAAAGCUAACGAAGAGGCCUGCAUCUGCUAUGGAAAAUUCUCUAGAUGGCAAUGAUACAAGGUUGAAGCAAAGUUGCGAACAAGGCAAUGAUAAUGACCAGCCGGGGUUACCAAGAGCAUCAGGUGAGACCGCACAAACAUGUCAUCAUGGAAGGAGUCCAAGAAAAUGAAGUAUGGUACUUGUGGAACUAAUAUAGACUGUGUAGCCAAAAGAUUGAGGCCUCGAAACAAAGCAGUUUGAAGCAGCAGUUUCCUCAAACUCUUAAUUUAUCAUGGUGAUUCAGUGGAGAAUUCGCAAUUUUUGAAUGGGGCUUAUACCUGGUAGUAAACUGUUCUUCCUCUUAACUGCAUUCAAGCCACAGUUGGCUUGCUUUUGUAUUGGAAGUGUUUUUGCAACAUUUUGGGUCCCUGCCAAGCCCCCUUUUCAUGGUUUAAUCUUCAUGAAACCUUUUAGAUAUACCUGUAUUGCGCAGUUGC